AUGAGUGUCUACGAUUCGAGAACUAUUGAAAUGGAUUCGAUGAAGACAAGUGAUUGCGACAGCAAGAUAGAUAGUAUAAAUAAUAUAAUGUCUCCGUUUCCGGUUUUGACAUUGGUACCGUAUAGUUCACCAUUUGCAUCAUCAUCGCCAUCAUCAUCAUCAUCGAGUUCACCUUAUCUACCUAUUCAACUUAACAAUGUGAAUUUUCAAGAAUACACAUAUUGUAAUCAAACACAGGAAACAGUCAUUACCACCGAUAUAGAUUAUCAAGAUUUAGAUUAUGAUAUAUUAAGUUUACUAGUAGAAAAAAAUAAUGAGCAAUUAACUCCCAAAGGUGAUAAUAAUCAAAUUUCAAUCAGUGAUAAUACAAUGUAUUCUGCUGAAGUGGAUAUUCCUUCUGAGUCACCGAAUAAAAAAGCUGAUAUUUUUACGUAUGAAAAAACGUUGUCAUAUACUGAAGAAGAGAUUAUUACAGAUUUUUCAUUAUCGACGCCAUCAAAUAUUCAACAAGAUUUUGACGCAACAAUGACUCCAUCAAUAGAUACAACGACGGCGGCGGCGACCACUAAUACUGAAGAAGAGAUUAUUACAGAUUUUGACGCAACAACGACUCCAUCAAUAGAUACAACGACGGCGGUGGCGACCACUAAUACUGAAGAAGAGAUUAUUACAGAUUUUUCAUUAUCGACGCCACCAAAUAUUCAACAAGAUUUCGACGCAACAACGACGACGUCCCCCUUAUACAAUGAAGAAAAAACACAUCAACACGAGGUAAUUACAGAUCUCAAUACAUUAAUGCUAUCAUCUAUCAGCAAUAGUAAUCCUUUAAAAAGAAAACAUCUAGAUGAUUCUAAUGAUGUAGAAAAUAUCAAACUUUUGAACCCGAAAUUUUGA